AUGCGGCAAACCAUCCGCCGCAACCAGGAACGCGAGGGAUCGGUGUUGAGGCAAACAAAGCAGGACGUGCGAGACGAAGUUUCGUCUUACGUGAAACGGUUAAUCGAUAGCGACACAACUUACUUAAUCGACUCUAUUUAUGAGCAUGACAUCGACAUCGCGACAGCGUACAUGAUCGAUAGGGACAUUCGGUGCGGAAAAUGGUAUAUGAUAGACAGCAAUCCUGAGGAUAAAGAUUUUCCUAUUAUAAGCUCUGCUGGAGAAUCCUGGAAAUCAAAAUUGCCUCUGUUAAGAAUCCUGGCAUGGGAUAUAGAAACGCAUAAGGCGCCUUUGAAGUUUCCACAGGCGGAAAUUGAUCCGGUGAUGUCUAUCUCGUACUAUACCAACCAGGGAGGUUAUCUGUUGGUUAAUCGACAGCAUUUUUCGCGAGACAUUGCCGACUUUACUUUCCAGUUCAAAUCUGAGUUCAAGGUUUACAACUUCGAUGAAGAAAAGACGCUCUUGAAAUUCUUCCUGUGGCAUGUUCAGUGUGUUUGCAACCCACACAUCUUGGUCACCUACAACGGAGACAGCUUUGAUUUCCCCUACGUCAUGGAAAGAUGCACAAGAAACGGCCUCUCGCUCAAGGAUACUUGGGGCUUUCAAUGUACAGAACUCCCCAAUAUGAAGACCCAAUUCACCUCACCCAUCAUCCUACACAUCGACUGCCUCAAGUGGGUGGAAAGAGACUCGUAUCUACCCUGCGGAUCCCGGGGUUUGAAAGCUGUGGCUAGAGCCAAACUACGGUACGAGCCUCGAGAAGUCGACCCAGAGCUUAUGGUUGAAUACUGCUGGACCAAGCCCCAGAUUAUGGCGGAGUAUUCUGUUUCUGACGCGUUGGCCACCUACAAGUUGUAUACACAAUACGUACAUAACUUCACCCUGGCCUUGUCCAGUAUAAUUCCGUUGGUCCCUGACGAUGUCUUACGUAAAGGUUCUGGUACGUUGUGUGAACAUUUGUUAAUGGCUGAGGCUUAUCACCGGAACAUUUUGAUUCCGAACAAAUCGGUUCAAGAUGAGGAGAACUGGAUGGACGAGAACACGCUGCUGUUUAGCGAGACGUAUGUGGGCGGUCAGGUGGAGCAGUUGAGAUCUGGCAUUUAUCGGCAUGACAUCCCUGAGCAGUUUGUGUUUGAUUCUGCGAUUGUGGAUGAGUUGGUGGAGAACUUGGACUACACGUAUGAGGUGUGGUUGAAGCACGAAGUGAUGGAUAGUUCGCGAGUGAUCCUGGGUACGAAUUGGGAGAGUGAGGUGAAGCGUAAGAUCUGUGAGAGACUAAUGAGUUACCGUCUUGCGCGCGAUUUGAAAGUGGAGCCGUUGAUUUACCACAUGGACGUGGGAGCGAUGUAUCCAAAUAUCAUAUUAAGUCAGCGACUGCAGCCCUAUAGCAUAGUGGAUGAGGAAACGGAUUGCUUCCAUUGUCCGUACUACAAGGAAAGAGCGCAGUGUCAACGGCAGCUAAAGUGGCGAUGGAAGGCUGAGAAGUACAAUCUGGAUCGGGCUUUGGUACGGACAAUCAAUGAUCAGCUGCGAGUAGAGCGGUUUCCCUUGGCCAAAUUGAAUGGCGAGGUCGUAAUGACGACUUAUACUGAGUUGCCUUUGCGGGAACGUCGCGAGAUUCAGACGGCGAGAUUGAAACAGGUGGCAGCAAAAACGAAUAAGAACAAAUUCAAGACCACUUUGGAGAAGAGUAAGACGAGCUUCGUCUGUCAAAGACAGAGUUCUUUCUACGUGGACACAGUGCGUGAUUUUCGAGAUCGAAGACUCGUGUAUAAAAGACUUAAAAAAGUUGCUGAGAAAGAACUUAGCGAAUGCUCCGUAGAUCAGAAACAGGACAAGGAGGCAGCCGCAAUCACCUACGACUCGCUUCAGCUCGCCCACAAGUGCAUCCUCAACUCGUUUUAUGGCUACGUCAUGCGCAAGGGCGCGCGUUGGUACUCACUCGAAAUGGCCGCUAUCGUUACACACACUGGGGCCACCAUCAUCCAGAUGGCGCGGGACAUCUGUGCCGGCAUCGGCAUUCCCUUGGAACUCGACACCGACGGGGUCUGGACGCUCCUACCUAAAGGCUUUCCCGACACGUUCGAGAUCGAAGUCCAGAUUGCUCAAGAGGAAGACGGACAUGUAGAGAACGCCUGUAUGAAGAAUGGACCCCCGGAAAACGGACAACCGGGGGGGCAGGGGGGUGAAAUAGAGGGACGGGUGCGGACAGUGAGCAAGACAUUCAAGUUCAGCUACCCAUGCUGGAUGUUGAACGCGAUGGUGGAGAAGGCGUGGUUAAACGAUCAAUACCACACGUUCGACAGAGCGAGUCAAAAGUUCAAGUUGUCCAGUGAGAACUCGGUUUUUUUCGAGAUCGACGGGCCGUACCGCGGUAUGUUUCUGCCGGCGUCAGAGAAGGAAAAUCAGCAGUUGAAAAAGCGGUACGCGGUGUACGAUUUUGACGGAACUAUCUGCGAGCUAAAAGGUUUCGAGCUGAAGCGUCGCGGCGAUUUGGAGUUGUUAAAGAUCUUUCAGGAGUCCGUUUUCCCUUCGUUCAUUUUGGGCCAUGACAAAUCCGAGUGCUACCGCGGCGCGGGUGCGAUUGCCGAUAAUUGGAUGGCAUUUGUGAGGACGAAGGGCCGCAAGUGCAGUGACUUUUCCACUGUAUUGCGCUUGCUAGCGGAAAGUACCAACAUGUCCCGACCGGCUUCGAAGGCCGGCGACUACAAGUCAAUGGGAAUCACAACUGCCUUCCGACUCACCGAGUGCUACAACGAUGAAACGUACAUCAACGAUUCCGGAAUCCGCUGCACUUAUGUCAUCCUCAAGUACCCCAUCGGACUACCCCGAACCCACCGAGCAGCUCCCAUCUCCAUAUUCUCCGCCGAACCGCAAACCCGAGACUACUGGCUCACCAAAUGGGCCCAGUCCAACGACACGCUGUCCAACCUCCUCCAAAAGGGCAGCUCGACCAAAGGCGUUACCAAACUAGACGGGUCCGGACCAGCGGCUGUUGCGGCAGCUUGCGACGAGAGGUUGCGAGACCUCAUCGACUGGGACUACUAUGCCGAACGACUGCAAACGACGGUGCAAAAAAUCGUCGUGAUUCCCGCGCUCCAACAGAAGGUCGGGAACCCUUGCGUUGUACCGGCACCCGCUUGGUGCAACAUCGCAGACCUCUCACGGCAGCUCAACCUUCGCGAAUUCGUGAUCAAGGGACAACGCAGUGCCCUUUCGCAGGGCAAAGACUCCUUCUCGAAACUUGGCAUCCCCGAAAGGGACACCAACUGCGAGAAAGGCACGGACUGGGAAGUGGGCAUCGACUGCGAGAUGGGCACUGACUGGGCAAACGAGCAGUCGCCUGUCGAGCAGUCGGCUGUCGAACACUCGCCUGUCCAUACCUCACCGAACGAAAACACGGUUCCGGCAAACACGGCGAGGACUCUAACUGGUGAACGCGGCGACAACCUGGACCAACUAGGUGCGAGGCCGUGGCAGCGGUGGAAGCACUGCUGGUCUUCUUUGGGGGUAGCCUCUUUGUGUUUGCGACGGCAGCCGGUCCUGAACCGCCAGGAUCUCUUCGAUAAGGGCACCUUCUGGCUGGAGGAUAUCGUGAUUUCGAUGGAGAAUGAGCACCACGCGUUGGUCAGACAUCCCGCAGUAAACACGCUGUACAAAGUUCCCAUUGUGCUUAACCGUAAGGUAUUGCUUCUGGGUGAGUUCCGACCGGUGCCCUCUCUUGGGGAAAUAAUCGAUCGACGCGGUUCAGUAGCUACAGGAAGUCGACACGACGGUCGUGAUUUUAUGGGAGAUCGCGACUCUGUCGGAGGUGGAGACUUUCCCCCUGCGGGCGGUUCAGGAGCGGGUCUUCGUCGACCGAGAAGAGGGAGCAUUGGAGUUCAGGAGCACGGUUGUACUGUGGACGCUAGCCACUACUCAGUCGACGCACUGCCCACCAAGGUGAACAUUUUGGGAUUUAAGAAGCAACCGGACUUGGUCAGUGUACUGACGCGAAGUUAUUCGUAUAAUCCCCGACUGGAAACAGCGUUGCUGGAAGAGCCGUGCGUAGCAGACUGUCGGGACCACGCCCGGGUAGCCGUCGACUUGGAACGAACAAAACGAAAUUACUUGGACUUGCACUCCAGACUGGUCGAGCUAAGCUUGCGCCCUACCAAUGACGGACGGUACUUGAUCAUCAACUCUAACAACCGUGUGGAAUUCAAGGACCUCCACCAUGAGCUCUCUUGGUUCUUCGAUGCCUUCCUCACUGUCACUGGUGACCAGGGCUUCUGGAUCUCCACCUCAAUCGACAACACACGCAAACCGAGGAUACUUACCAUCAUCACGGGACAAACGGAAAAGAUGCCCCAAAUGUUUCUACUGGCUGUCAAGUCCGUGGGUGCGGCGUACGAGAACAUGGAGGCGAUGGUACGGGACGCGAGUGCGCGCCUGCGUACGGCGCGGAACCGAUCGGUACUGCGGACGGUGUGUUUGUCUGAGUCGCUGCGGUGGGCGUUGUCUCCGGCAAGUUUGGACUGCGGCGUGCCCUGUCUGACUCAGGUCACCUACGUUGCAGACUACGAAUCGCGCGAUAUUACCCUAGAUCUUCACAAUCGGACUUUGAGCAAGUUUGCGGGAUUGUAUCAGCGGACUCUUCGACGGCUGAGUGGGCCGCUGAGCAGUCCAUUGCGGACGGUGUUAUCGGCGAGUACGAGUGACGGCGUGGCGAGUGAGUGUCGCGCGGUUCUGUGGCGGGAGUCUGUCUUCCCGCGGCAUGUGGGCUCGCAUUUGACCGAGGCGAGUCCGCUGUUGCCGAACUUUGACCGACUGGCCGACUUGAGUCGCACCCUGGCCGUGCUUUCUGCGUUGCUGAAUGAGAAAAUGGAGGACUUGGCCUACGCAGAUGGCGUCCUGCAUUACCUGACCACUAGCCGAGAAGUACAGGAGGCAUACGAGCAGCUGUGCUGCACCUGGUUGCCUCUGUGGCAGCGACGACUAGUGAAUCAGUUAAGCGCGGCAGUCGGGCGCACGCGCCGCCAGCCGCGCAUUUUGGAGUUGAACGACUCGGGUUUGCUCAUUGAGAUUCCGACACUAAAAGAAGACGACGCGAUCCUCGCUGCCAAGGCACUGAUCGGGCUGUGGAACAGAGAGUCAAUGUCGAACAAGCUAUUCAAAACGGACGCCUGCUCGGUUUUCAAGCACGGACUCAUCCUCGACCCUUGCAACAAAUGCUUCCUCAAUAACGACGGAGAGAUUGUCGUCUAUGAUCUGCCCAUUUUGGAACAGUUCCCCGACCGACCGCGACGGAUGCUUGAAGACCUUGUCAUUCAGUUUCUCGAACUCCCUAAGUCGUGUCACUCCUCCCGCCGUGAGCGAGCUGCUGGCGUGGGCGAAGACGCAGAGCCGGAUGCGACUCAUAGUAGCCAAGCUGGAUGGCAUGAGUCGGAUGCGGCCGCGACCCAAGCGGGCUGGUAUGAAUCUUUGAGUCACGCGCAGUUUGUCGAGCACAUCACGGAAUUCGUGGGGACGACGUGGUACCGGUUGGUGGACGAGUUUAUGGCCAAGUUUGCGAUGCCGCCGGUGGCUGAGGCGUUUCCAGCAUGUGUACAAGAUUCUGCCUCCACGCCGUGUUACUCGUUGGCUUUGGGGCUGCUGGAAUGUCUGACAAGGAAGGACGAGUGUGCCUUCAACCGCCUGCCAGGAGACGAGGGGGAGACGACGCCUGCGGCCUUGUUCGAAGACUUGCUGGCCUCGCAGGCGCAGCGGCAGUUCGGCAGCGUCGUGGGCGUCGUCGUGACCAACGUACGGUGUGCCAGCUGCAACAGCCACAUCAGCCAAACCGCGUCCUUCGAAGGCGUGCCCGUGUGCCCCCAAUGUCUACACGCAUUCAGCGACGCCGAAAUCGAAAGCAAGCUGGUCCAAUACUUCGAACUACUCUACGUCGCCCACUCCCUCCAACAACUCAAAUGCAGCACGUGCCACAAAGUCGCCAGAGUCCGCUGCUCUAACUUCUGUCCAGUCUGCGGCGGCCAGUACACACACAACCAAAACCUUCCCGGACUACUCACCGCCGGAAAAAUCUUGCUCGCAUACGCCACCCAAAACGACUGGUCGUGGCUGGCCGCAGUCGUUGAACAGGCACUCAGCAUGAUCCUGUAA